AUUCAUCAAAACACCAUCUCACACUUUUCUCACAUACGUACAAUGGCACGCCCGCGCAGAAACCGCACAGCUGUGAACUAUUCUCUGGCAGGUGCCACGGAUGACUAUUCUUCCGACGAGUUUGACCCCACGAAUCACGACGACGACGAUGAUGAUGAGAUGGACGACGAGAUUCCUGACGAACUUGAGCCCGACGACGAGCAGGAUGAGGAGGAAGAGGAGAUUAGGCCCAGAAUAAAACAGCGCGCACGGCCCAAGCCCAUUGGAAAGGUGAGCUUGGUGUCGUACAUCGCGCCCGAUACGACGGCACUCGCGGCGCGCAAGGUCACCAAGACGGUGGCCGCGAAGCCGCGCGCAAAGACACAGGAGACGAUCCGUAACCGCAUGCUCGUAUCUUUUGGCAGCAACCGUGAGAAAUUGGCGCAUGUGACGGAGUUGCGUGUGGACUGGGAACGCAUCAUGUUUGGCGUGGACGACUCGUUAUGCGCCGCGCCCGCGCCGUGGGGCGCCGCGGAGUUCCAAGAUGCUACACUUGAACCGAUCACUGCCGAGGAGGUGCGUGCACGCAUAUCAUUAAAGGGCGAAAUACAAGUAGGGGUUAAUCUGGGUGCGCCGGUGGGAAUAACUACCGAGGCCGCGGUUCCGUUCCCGCAAGAGGUGGCGGACCAGGAGCGGGAGGGGGUGUUUGUGUAUGCGGGGGGAAUGGUGACGGAGUUAAGUUGGAGGGAGACUAUAAGCGACACACAUGCAAAUAGCGUCAAUGGCGUGAGCUCUACAAGCCCUGCUUACCUUGCUGUCGCGGUCACCGACAUCACCUCCCCUGUUGAUCCCCGUCUUGCCAGCAACCACGCUCACUCCUACACAUCCGCGCUCCGGAUUUACCGCCAUGAUAGCACCGGAAUUGUGCUCCACCUGUCAUACCUACUCGAAUACGGUGCGGUAUGGAACCUCCGAUGGGUACGCACCGUGCGCGCGGGCCUCGGUGUGCUCGCGUUCGCCUGUAAAGACGGGUGUGUGCGAUUCCUCAAGCUUCCCGACACUCCCGGUCACUUCCACGUCAGAUCCCCCUCUCUUGAAAUCUCCCUUCCCGACCAGCUUCUCACCAGCUUCGACUUGUUUACAGACAAACUUAUUGCAGGUACGAACCGCGGGUACCUAUGUGAGUUUCCAUUCACCGGAACUGCAUCAUCCUUCGCAUACCCCCUCCAUACAGAGCUCGUGCACAGCGUGACGUGCGCGACGAACGCGUACGCGAACGAGCUUGUACUCUCGCUGGCGAUGGACUUGAACACGUCGCUCGUGGACUUGCGCGAUAUCCGCGCCAGUAACGUGGUGAUGCGGAUGAAGCUCCUUCAGGCUUCCGCUGCGUACGUGCCGCAGCUCCACGCAUUUGUAAUCACCGAGGGUGCGUACCCUGUACGUGUAUUCUCUGAGCGGAUCUCAGUACCCGGCUCGGUGCUCAUGAAGCAUGACAGCUCCGCAUCGUGCGUCGCGGCGUCUGCACGCCAUCCCAUGACGCUCUCAGGCGGUGCGGAUGGCUGUGUGAAGAUCACCAAUGUGUUGCGCAAGCUUAUGAACAAGAAAAAGUCCCCGGCGGACUUGUACCAGGUGUUGAACUUGUGGCGCGUUGAGUACGCCGCCGCGCGUGACGUGUUCCGUGUGGACCUGGCGUUCACGACCGAGACGGUCAAGAACGGCGAGGUUGCAACCUCCGCACCCGUCUACCCGCACGCCGUCAAUGUGUCGAGUAUCUCCUGGAACCAAAGCCCAGGAGCUGCUGCGUGGUACGCUGUCGCCUUCAGCUCCGGGUUGAUCAUCGUCGAGCGCUUGACCAGAAAGUAGGUAGUAAUCAGAGGCUGCCUACAUAGUUAUGUUAGUGUUGAUUGAUCAAACGCAAAUACGACAAGAAAAAUAGGCUACAAGGAAACUACUCAGAUAAAGGGAAAGGUGAUGUUAAAGAAACAGGAGGGUUGGGUAUUUAAAUAUUGGUGUAAAUUUGUUUCAUGGUGUAUUUCUUUGAUCGAUCAGCCGAUAUCGUACAAAAUGUAUCGUACAUCCACCUUUCAUAUGGUCCUUUAGGAUAAUGAGG